AAAAAAAAAAAAAAAGUAAAGAAAUCUAUACAGGCUAUAAGGUGGGAAAAAUAGAGAUAUGGUAGAUUCUUUCACUCACACAGACAGUGUUAAUAAACUGUGCACUCAUUUCUCAUUUCUUUAUAAGCUGUAGACACAGACAAAAGAAAGAGACUUUCCCAAACGAACCCAAGCAAUUCAUCCAAACCCCAGAACCCAAUAAAACCCUUUUGAUUUCGUUUUCCAUUACGAGGGUAUUUCUGGUAAUUUGAACACUUACUAUACAACCACCCACCCUUAUGAUCGCCUCCGGUACCGGCGGCCACCCCAUAUACGGCGGCGGCGUCGGAAGGUACUCGGUCAUGGCGCCGGCGCCAUUCAACGUUGCCGUCGCCAUUACGGCCUUGGCUGGGUUCACACUGAUCAUGGCCUUGUUCUACACGGCCAGUAGGUAAAAAAGAGGAAAAAAAAAAAAAAAAAAAACCAAUGGAAUUUCUCUGAGCGUUGCUUCGGAAACCCUAAACCCAAAGAAAAAUUAAUAUGUCAACCACCAAAAGUUUCGAUUUUUAUUGAAUUUUGUUAUUUGGGAUUUUGUUUGUUUGUUUGUAUGUUUUUGCUUUUGCUUUUUUACAACCUUGUAUAAGCUUCUAUAGAUGAAAGCUCUUCGACGAAGCCAUACUUCGUCUUCGAAUUCCUCUCCUUCUUCUUCUUCUUCUUCGUCGUCGUCGUCGUCGUCAUGGAUUCAUUUGCGUUCGGUUCUAUUCGUUGUUACUUCUUCUUCCCCAGCUUAUUGUUCCUCCUCUGAUCGGGGUCGCCUUAAAUCACCUUGGUCCCGCCGGAAAAGAAAACAUGCCCUUUCACCUCAGCAAUGGAGAAGUUUGUUCACACCUGAUGGGGAAUUCCGUGAUGGUGGGGUUAAGUUCUUGAAGAAAGUUCGCAGUGCAGGUGUUGAUCCAAGUAUUAGAUCUGAGGUUUGGCCGUUCCUUCUAGGAGUCUAUGACUUGAACACUUCCAAAGAAGAAAGAGAUGCAAUAAGAUCUCAGAAAAGAAAGGAAUAUGAAAAACUCCGUAGACAAUGCCGUCGGCUUAUGAAACGCGGCAAUGAGAGCUUUAAGCUUAAUGAAUUUGAUGGAUUCUGCUACAAUGGAGACAGCGGGAGUUUCAUUCAUGACUCAAAUUCUCCCAGCUCUGAAGAUGUGGUUAGCGCUAGGGAGUCCCUUUCUAGUGAGGAAAGGGGUGUGGAUGUUGAAUACUUAGAUGAUCCCUCAAGUACCUUGUUGGAUGGAGAUGAUAGUUCAAGACGAAUUACAAAUGUUGAUUCCUCUGUAUUGAACACUGAAUCAUCUGAUUCAGACUCUUCAGAAGACCUGGAAGUGUCCCAGACUUUUCCCUCAUCUGAAGGAGGGGAAGAGUCCAAGGAUAAUUCUCCUUCCAGGACAGAAGUCCAAUCAAAACUCUGCACCAAUGAAGACUUCACCACAUGGCAACGAAUCAUUCGCGUUGAUGCAGUCCGUGCUAAUUCUGAAUGGAUACAAUAUUCCCCAUCUCAAGCUGCAGUAUCGGAAGCUAGGGCAAGACGCUGUGCUGAAGCUGUUGGAUUGAAGGAUUAUGAUCACCUGGAACCCUGCAGAAUUUUUCAUGCUGCCCGGCUGGUUGCGAUUCUUGAAGCAUAUGCACUCUACGACCCAGAAAUUGGUUACUGCCAGGGUAUGAGUGAUCUUCUCUCUCCUAUUAUCACUGUAAUCACAGAGGAUCACGAGGCUUUCUGGUGUUUUGUGGGUUUCAUGAGGAAGGCACGACAUAAUUUUAGGCUGGACGAAAUUGGAAUUCGUAGGCAGCUGAAUAUUGUUUCUAAAAUUAUCAAAUGCAAGGACUCCCACCUUUACAGGCACUUGGAGAAACUACAAGCGGAGGAUUGCUUUUUUGUUUACAGGAUGGUGGUGGUGCUGUUUAGGAGGGAAUUGUCAUAUGAACAGACAAUAUGCUUAUGGGAGGUAAUGUGGGCUGAUCAGGCAGCCAUAAGGGCUGGGAUUGGAAAAUCUGCCUGGAGCAGGAUACGACAACGAGCUCCACCAACAGAUGAUCUAUUACUUUAUGCCAUUGCAGCAUCAGUUUUGCAGAGACGGAAAUUGAUAAUCGAGAAAUAUAGUAGCAUGGAUGAGAUCAUAAGGGAGUGCAAUAGCAUGGCCGGGCAACUCGAUGUGUGGAAGCUUCUUGAUGAUGCUCAUAACUUGGUCGUAACCCUGCAUUACAAGAUAGAAUCAUCCUUCUGAUUAGAUAUAUUGUUGGCUAAUUUAUCCUGUGCCUUUCUCCUUUCUUGUAUUCUGGUUCUGCACGACGUAUAAUCUUCUUGAGCAUGAGAUAAAAGCACACACCCCAAGAGCGGUAGUGCAGGUUUUUCUGUUGUUCUGCCAUGCUCAAACCGUUUCAAGGCUCAAACGGGUUUCAGAUGGCAACAUGCACCAAAAAAGGGUUAUAUCCAAAUUUAUUUUAGUUGUAUUCCACUGCUUCUAAAUUUAUGAACAUUAAUCACUGUGGGCAUUAAAGUGCCCCUAUUACUAUUAAUGUAUUUGUACCAUAUGGGAUGAUGGGGAAGCCAUUCAUCAUUUGGACUAAUAUUAUCCCGGAAAUUAAUAUAUAUACUCCAUUUUGGAGUAAAAAGUCCUCGAGAAUUGCAUUC